UAGUAUCUAGACCUUAAUGGAAGUGUGAGGUCUGAAGUGCACUUCUUAGUUUUUGCAUUUGGAGACAGAAUCCUUUCUGAAGAAAUGCAGGACCCCUCUGAAGACACGGAGUGGAAUGACAUCCUGAGGAGAUUCGGGAUUAUCCCUCCAAAGGAGGAGCCCCCUGAUGAAAGUGAAGGACAGCCUUCAGGAGACGAGGAUGGCAGUGAAUAUGAGCGGAUGGGUUUGGCUGAGCUGGAGGAGGCCGAGGAUGAGUUUUCUGAAGAGGACCAGCGAGCACUUGAGUCCUACAGGCGCCGCCGCCUCGCGGAGUGGAGAGCGCGUGCGGGAGGCAGGCGUUUCGGCCAGCUGCGCGAGAUCCAGGGCGACCAGUACGUGAGGGAGGUCACAGCUGCAGGGGAGCACCUGUGGGUGGUGCUGCAUCUCUACAGGCCAGGAAUUCCCGUCUGCACGCGCCUCAAUCACCACCUCGGCCGCCUGGCCCAGAGGUUCCCAGAGACCAAAUUCCUGAGAAUCAUGGCUGACAGCUGCAUCCCAAAUUACCCGGACAGGCACCUGCCCACCGUCUUCCUGUACAGGACCGGGCGGAUCCACGCCAGCCUCAUCGGCGAGGCCCAGUGUGGGGGCAGGAACAUGCUGGAGGAGGAUUUGGAGUGGAUCCUGGCCGCGGUGGGGGCCGUUCCUGCGGAGCGCCCGGGGCCACUCAGGGAGGACGCGGCGGCCAUGCUGCUGUCCUCCAUCCUCCACAGCUGCAGCCAGGGGCCGGGCGGCUCCUCCUGAGGGCCACAGCGCUGACCGCAGACGCCAACGCAAUAAACGGAUUUUUUCCGCCCA